AGCCAAACUCGACAGCUGUUCACAGUAGGAUCCAGCGCCCUACGCUUGACACGGUGACUCGGCUCGCCUGUACAGAUAGGUCCACUUCAUACCACCUUCUCCUCUGUGCUUCCCUUGUCCUUCAGCCUCAUCUUCUCUACGAGCCAUCACCACUAUGACAGUCUCACCAAUCCUCCCCCAAAGCACCCAACCCCACACCUCCUCCCCACCAACCGACAAACCAUGGCGAGAAACACCUCUCAUUGAAAGCGAGAAGCUCUCCAAAGCAGCAGGAUGCCGCAUCCUCCUAAAGCUCGACUCCCUCCAACCAAGCGGCUCCUUCAAAAUCCGCGGCCUUGGGCACUUCAUCCUCAAAACCUACCUCAACUCCCCUCACCCCUCGUCCCUCCACUUCUUCAGCUCCUCAGGCGGAAACGCCGGCCUCGCAGCCGUCCACGCCUCAAAUUUCAUCUCUCGACCCUGCACAGUCGUCGUACCAUUGAGCACAAAACCCCACAUGAUCUCAAAACUUCAAAAAGCAGGAGCCAAAGAAGUGAUCCAAAAAGGAAAAAGUUGGAAAGAAGCAGAUAGCUAUAUGAGAGAUAUUGUGAUGAAGAAAUGUGCGGAAGAGAAAGGGGAGGAAGUAGUGGGUGUUCAUCCGUUUGAUGAUGUGGAUGUUUGGGAGGGGCAUAGUGGGUUGGUUGAGGAAUUGGGGAGACAAUUGCAAAUGAAAGAAGGGAAAAAGGAGGUGCCGGAUUGGAUUAUUUGUUCAGUAGGAGGUGGAGGAUUGUUUUCGGGGAUUAUGGAGGGUAUACAAAGACAAGGCGAAGCCUGGAAAGAGAAGACGAAGGUGCUGGUUGUGGAGACUCAUGGAGCGGAUGCGUUGAGUAAAAGUUUGGAGAAGGGGGAGAUGGUCACGUUGGAUGGGAUUACGUCUAUGGCAACAUCUCUCGGCGCCACAAGAGUUUGUGAUCGGGCGUUUGAGUUAGCUAAUCAGGGAGUGAAAGAAGGAAAAGUUCGGAGCGUUGUGUUGAGUGAUGCAGAAGCCGCAAUGGGUUGUUGGAAAUUAUGGGAUGACGAGAAGAUUUUAGUAGAAGCUGCUUGUGGUAUUAACACUGCUUUGUGUUAUGGUGGGAGAUUAGAGAAGGCUUUCGGAAGACCGCCGAGAAAGGAUGAGAUUGUGGUGAUUGAAGUUUGUGGAGGGUCGAAUAUUUCGGUGGAGAUUAUUGAGGAGUGGAGGAGGGAGUUUGGGGAGGGCUUUGUGUAGAAUAGACGACAGGAUAGAAUAUACCGAUCAGAGAUAUGUAUAGAGCUGCCGCAGAAGCGGCUAUUAUGCAUGCGAAUAUCAUGGGCUG